AUUGUUUCAAACAGAAACAAUCUCCCUAGAGUACCUGAGUACCUGUUUUCUACUCCAAAAUCUUCAACUCUUAGCAUCUCAGUUUCACUCCUUCCUCCCUUUCUUUGUUCUCUGUAGCAGAAAGUCUCAGACUACUUUGCCUUCUAACUUUCAUAUCUGUCCUACUCUCUCGAGGUAGCCCCUAUGUUCUCCUAAAUAACAUCUCAUUGUGGCUGUGACUCCUUUCUUUCUUUCUUCCUUUGUUCUUUUUCAGUAAUAUAAGUAUUUAGGACUUUGUAGGGAAGACAGUGUGGUGGUUGUCUUCAAGUGUGGUGGUUGUCUUCAUGGGGACAGUGGAGAAUCAGUUCACACCAGUGGUGCAGCCACCGCCAGCAGUGGCAGAGCCACCAAGCCGGUACACACAUCGAUCCAUUGAAACACUGGUGGUGGUGCUGGCAGUUAUCACCAUCAUAGGUGUUAUUGCAGGAAUCAUAGCUCGGCUGUGUGGUGGAAGGCAUUUUGGUGGCAGUGGAGAGCAUGACAUAGAAGGCUGGGUAGAGAAGAAGUGCAGGAGUUGCAUUGAUGGUGGAAUCCCCAGUGCUCCUCCUCCUCCUCCCCCAGAAGAAUCAAAACCAGCAAAAGAAGAAGCAAAGCAGUAAAGGAUAGAAAUAGAAGAAAAGUCCAAGUUCUAUUGUAAUGGUGGGAAUGUUAUCAAAGUGAUUAGCCCAAGCAGAAAAAGGUGAACUCUAGCUGCUUUUGUCUAGCAAUGUAUCAUUAUCUACCUUUACUACAAAACCAGCAAGAAUAGGGUAAUGUUUUUGUUACAAAGCUAAUAAUGUAUUUCCUCAUCA